AUGAUGGCAAACUACUUGGACGUUCUUGAGAGUUGCAGCCACCACUUUCAAACCGUCCAUCGGCAGCAUCAGCGCCGGGAGUUUCUAGAAGACCAACUGAGCAAGGACAGCAUUUUGGUGCAGUUAGACUUCAUGGAAAAUAUGUCAUGGCCGCUAGGCCCAGAAGAAGCUCAGGACUGGUUCUGGGCUACUUCAAGAGAGACAAUGACAACGCUUGGCUUCUAUGUGUGUCGCUGGAAAGGACGAGCCCUUUGCAAAGAGAACUAUCACUAUGUGUCACAAAUCCUGAACCAUGACUCCGCCUACGCGUGCCAAUGCUUGAACGACCUACUGCGCUCCUUGCCAACAGAUGGAGUCAAAGAAUUCCAUUGCUGGGCAGACUGCGGCCCGCAUUUUCGGAGCUAUGAGUUCCUGUGGAACUUGGUGGAGCA